GUGUGGAUGAAUGCAACCUAUAAUUCAACGGCUGAUUUGUUUUUUUUAAGGCGCGGGUUAAGCGCAGUCGACAGUAGCAGCUGUGCAUUUGCACGUCGCAUGACGGAUCCGACGAGCUGUCCGCGCGGGCUGCUUCAAUAGCUGCCGAUUGUACAAUACCGUGCCGGAGAUUGUACGAUACCGUGCCGUCAGAAUCGGCGGGCCGCUGCGCGGCGGAGACAGCAUGUCGUCUCUCGUCAGCGAAGGAUUCCGUGCCAAAUUGAAGACGCUCAAGUCCAACGGUAGAAUCGAGCUCACCGAGGAUGUCGCCACGGGCAUCGCGCGUCUCAACAUCAACGAUCCGGCCAAGCGCAAUUGCAUAUCCGGAGAGAUGAUGUUGGAGCUAGAGAACGCCGUCGAAACAUUGGAGCACUGGUCUCAUAUCAAGGCAGUGUUGCUGUGCGGAGAAGGCUCAUUUUUCUGUUCGGGUGCAAACCUGACGUCUAUGAAGGCCAUUUCCGCCCCAGAUGAGGGGCGCCAGAUGUCGGCUCUCAUGCAAAGCACCUUGACCAGGUUCAGCAAUCUGCCCAUGAUCACCGCUGUCCUAGUAGAAGGUCGUGCAAUCGGUGGGGGAGCCGAGCUGACCACGGCAGCGGACUUCCGCAUCAUGGCACCCAACUCCGAAGUCCAGUUCGUCCACGCGCGCAUGGGGAUCACUUCUGCGUGGGGCGGCAUGACACGGCUAACGCAGAUUGUUGGUCCCACAUUGGCGUUGGAUCUGUUUGCCUCAGGACGACCACUACGCCCUGCCGAAGCGACUCGGACGGGCUUCGCGAGUCAUGUUCUGGGGGACGAGCAGGACACUAAGGAGCAAGCACUGCAGUGGAUCAGCGAGCGGAUCAAAGGAACUACCGAGAUUAUGCGAGCCAUCAAGCUUGGCAUGGUGGCUGCCCGAAACUUGCCUCUCCAGGAAGCGUUGCAGCGGGAGAAUGAACUCUUUGCCUCUGUGUGGGGCCAGGACGCUCACAGCGAUGCCCUGAGGCAAAACAUGAAGCAUUGACCUAUGACAUUACUAGUUAUUAUUACGUAUAUUAGUUUAAUGUAUCCAUUGCUUCUAGUUUUACAAUGUUCCUUUGUAUGGGACUCCGUGAUGCCAGCUUUGGAGCUGGCAUCACGCAGUCCUUGCAUUGCUUGUGCUGUGUAAGCAGAAGAAUGGCUAGUUAGGCUAGUUGGUACUAAUCCAUUCUAGUGUAACUAUCUGUUCUGUGUAGGACCAAUGCUGUUUCUUUGACUUUCAGUCAUGCCAGAGUGUCUGCUUUCACAAUUGUAAUGUGAUAGGAUGAAGGAGCUCAUGUCACAAAAAGUGCAUUGUCGUUGGUGUUGGGGGCAUCGACUGUAAGGUAAAAAAUUAUGGUGUAUGUAAAGAAUGAAAACAGUUCAAAGCUUGCGCAGAUUAAUGUCAAGUAUUUCGUGGGAACUCAUGCAAAUAAUAGUCUUUUUCUUCCAUAUUUCUCUGUCUUCACUCUCAUGUCAUAAAUUGGUCUAGAAGUUUGGCGACUCCAUCGGUGUAACUCCAUAAUGAUCGACAGACCUGAAGCAGUCAUUUUUCCAUGUACUAGGGUGACAAUUAACAGCCACCUCGGUUGCACAACCUCUGCAAUUCACUGUUAUGGGUGCCAGCUUGUGCCAGACAUAGGACCUAGAACAUGCAUAUAAACUGCACUGCUUUUCAGUCAGUAUCGGCUAACGCUUUAGAGUGCGGCUUUUAGGCAUCUAUUUCAGUAUUGAGCGGCUUCGACGUCAGCAUAACCGGUAGAGUAAAUGAGGAUGAAAGAUCGUGAAAGAGAGACUAUCCCAAGGAGUGAUGAAUGAUGAGAACCAGCGAGCCACUGUAUUAGUUUCUGCAAUGCCUCAUGCCUGCUCGCCCUUCUUGUGACAGUGCUACGUAUGCCUCUUGCACACUGGCAGGAGAAAGUGGGUGGACCUGCGAGGCUUGGGAGAAGACAUUCGUUAGACGAAGGGAUACUUUGUAUGUGGUAGGCAUUGGCAGACCCUUAAGGGACAUCCACAUCAGCCAGUGGGAGCAGUAGUUGGGGACGCUGCUUUCACCAUGUUACGUUAAUGCACAAACUGAGCAUUCUGUACUUCAACUUGCUCUUUGCUGUGUCACAUUGAGAUAUGGGCAUUUGCUGAGCCUGUCGCAAAAUCAAAAUACCUAAACAGCUGCACUCAUAAUUCCCAUUAGGCAGUUUCGUAAUCGCUGAAUUUUUUCUGAGCAGGGCCGCAGAGUUUCAGCUCGAAACAUUCUCUUUGCAAGAAAAAGUCCCUUAUUCAUAACACUGACGGUAACUUCUUCUGCAUUUUGUUUAUUUUAGUGUAGUUGUUUCUGGACAUUAUAUUAUAAUUGUUUUAUUGAACUUAUUACAAUAACCAUUUGAAUGUCCCCAGCUUACAUGUGCGCUGGUCGAAACGUGCCAAAUAGUCACGCCAUGCACUCAGGGUGGCAAUCGUCGACGACCUCCCACAAAUUUUUGUAAUUCACCGCUGUACCUUGUUUUUUCAUAGACACGACUUCUUGCUGGUGCAGCUAACUACUGUGUGUUCAUGCUCACGCCUACGCGCUUCAUAUUUGACUCUCGUACACACUUAAUUCCGAGUGAUGGUCAUAAAGAAAAGCAAUUUAUAAUUUAUUACUUGGAUGUGUUGCCACGAGCUGCUUGCCUGCACGGCUCUUCCACGCAUACACAGGAUUACUUCACUUACAAGUGGACGUACUUAAAUCGGCAAUACUGCCGUGUGAUCAUCUCAUUUUGGGAGAUGUACAAGAACUGACACAAUCCCGUAUGGUGGCUUAGCAGUUUAUUACUGCGAGUUAGGCGCUGUUCUUCUUUUGGGUGGCCCCACUUAGCUUUUUCACCAGUGUUCACAUGGAGUACCUCGUUAAGAAAGAAUGUGUGUUUGUCCUGGACUUAUAUACUUUGACCAGCCGCUUCAGCUUCUUACUUGCCUGACCCUUCAACAUUGGUUCGGUUCCUGCGAAGAUUUUACAAACUUGCAAUUCCAAUGCUAUGGUGUAGGUUCUACAUGCAUGAGAAAAGCCGAAAAGCCACAUGGAAUAUUUGAACAGGUUUGCAGACGUCCAUGCGCAAAGAAGCAGAAAGGCACUGCGCGUCAGCUGUGACUGACAGUCUCGGCACAUGGUGAAAAUGCCUAACUUAUUUUGAAAGCAAGUACUUAUUGCUACUGCAUACUGUCAUACUGUAAGCAUAUAUGAUCCUAUAUUUUUAAGGCUACUAUAUAUUUUAAGGCACAUGUUGCCUUCUAUGCGUGGUCUCUACAUUGUAGUUUGUUGCUGUUAACAUUUAACCCAGGUGACACAAUUACUCUAUGUUACGUGACUGAUAGGAUAUUGACGCAAUCUAAGUUUUCAGUCACAGCGUCUGCAUAACUGAUUAGAUUGGAACGGUAUGCACAAAGACUUGUGCAUUUAUAUAUUUAAGUACACAGUGAGGAAACUACUAUUACCAAUCAAAUCAAUUGAAGCUCCUUGACUACAUUGUAUCUGAUAGCCUAAGUACUUAUUGCUUUAAAAUGUUGAACAUGUGUUAUUGAACCUGUUGAUAGCUGCAUUGUACAAAUUUUGUAUUUUAUGCUAAGCACCACUAACUUUGACUUUGCAUGUGAUAGUGGCACUUGUUGGCAAUGUUGAUUGUGGUUUAUAUGUUAGCUUGUUAAUUAAUGUUAGUCAUUUAUAUGUUAGUGUUGACUAUCACUGAGCUUUCCUAUAAUUUCACAGUUUCAAGAGCAUUUUAAUACUACCUUUAUACAGUUAUGUAGGCAAUAUGUGGCUCGGAAUAUUCCUUCAUAGUGUGAUAUUGUUCGACUAGUGUUUUAUGAGCAUCAUGCAACAAUGUUUGUUUAUUAAGGGAAUUUGAUAGCAAAAUCAAACAUGUUACUGCGAGUUUGAAGCUGGCGUUGGGAUGUUGCACUCAGAUGAAUUUACUGUUCCCACGUCGAAUGCACAUGCAUUGGAACUUAGUUGUAGCUACAUUCAAACCACGACAUAACGAACCCAGAUAUAACGAAAUAUCAGUAAUAAUGAAGUAAUUGAAAAAUUAUGUUGCAAUAGACAUAGUGUUACAAAUAAACCUUUAUAAUGGAUUUUCAGAUAUAACAAACUUAAUUUUGUUACAUUGAGGUUUGAGUUUAUUCUAUGCAUGGUUUCCGAGGGCAUUGUUCUUUAGAGCAAUAUUUUAUUUAGUAUGUGUCGCUGAUUAGUGUUCUAAAAGAAGUUUGACCGCUUGCAUCACAUUGGUAGUAAUGCUUUAUGUACUUGUUUACAAAAAGAGAAAAUGGAACAACUUUGUUGUUUAAGGUGAUAAUUUCCCUGAUUAACAUUUUUGGCUAGUUUGAACUGUUUAGCCAUAUAAUUAGGUGUUGUUGUAGAAGUGGUUAUUUUCAUUCGCCAGCAAUGUAGUUGAAUUGUGAUACAAUCGAGCUUAAUCCAUGAAAUGCAUAACUGUAACAACAAGUAAACGUAAGGCGUUUGCUGAGUAUCAUGACACUGCCUAUGUGGGAAGAAAAAGCUCGCAUCAAGUCCCCUACACUGAAAUUGGCCUGUCUACCGUGCCUUGAUAUACGCACGUGAUCAUGCUGUGUGCUUUGAUGAAGGCAUAAUUUUGUGCACAACUGACCUCAUCACACAGCCUUGGUGAUGCGGUCAGUUGGCAUUAACACAUUCAGCAAGGCAUUCUAGUCACGAAAUUGUAUGAUUUGUGAUAACUAAGCAUUAUGCUGAGGCUGCAUGUUUGUGGCAAUGGGAAAAGUGGCAUGCUAAAUAGAUUACACCCUCCCUUCACUUUCGAAAAAUGCAGUUCCUCAGAAAAACCAUCAGUAUGUUAAUAUUCAUUAUAUGGGCGAUACUGUGUUGAUUUUGACGCAUUCAUCUUUUUUUUUGUUUAGUUAUCUUUUUGUUUAGUCACCCUCUAAGGUCCUUCAAUGCUCUAGCCAUUUUUUAAAAUCUAUGCAGCUUACAUUUUAGACAUUUCUUGAGGUGCUUAGUGAAUCUCGUGUCUUGCAUAUUUGAACAAUAUAUUCUUGGCUUGAGUUGUUAUUGAAGUUCUGCCUAUAAUAAAGCUCACAGUUUGUGUUUCACUGUUAUUUAA